AUGGGUACACCCCGAGACUACUAUGCAGAUUUGGAGCUGCCACCGACAGCUGACCUAACGGAGAUUCGGAAACAAUAUCGAAAGCUUGCUCUUAAGUAUCAUCCGGACCGUAAUCCUGGACGAGAGCAAGAAGUCAAUACCCAGUUCCAGAUUAUUCAAACAGCGCACGAAAUCCUUUCCGACCCUGAACAGAAGGCCAAACAUGAUGCUUCCCGCGCUCGCGGUCGAUACCCAGGCGCUUCGGGUGUUAAGGGCAACCCAUGGUCGAAUGUGAGCGCCCAGUACCCGCCUCCGCCACGACGCAACAACGCCAACACAAGCGCUCGAACUACGCCUUCAGGCGCACAAAGAUGGCAGACUCGCUUCUCGACAGGAGUUCCCCCAACGGCAAAGCAGUACAACGCAUCAGACGCUGAAUCUAAGAAGAAUGCUGCGCGAGCGUUUGAAAAUAUGCGAAAAGGAACAUCGGCAAAGCCGAAUGAGCAAACACGCCCUCCUCCACCGCCUCCCCCGCCUCGGACGGAAUCUGCAAGGCAGCGUGCAGAGGCCUCAUUCGGCGCAAGAAAGACGGGAUUUCAUCCUCGUACAGCGAUGGGCGACGAGCCUCCUGUAUCCAACAGCAACUAUAGCUCGCGACCGGCAUCGGAGCGAUAUGCGCAACCUUAUACUCAAGAAGACCCGAAACCAGUUCCUCCUCCCACUCCCCAAAGACCUGCACCGACCGCAAUGCCUGACCCCCUGAGUCAGUUCAGAGAUCGAGAUAAGGACCUGGAUCCACGACAAAGCAGCCCGUAUACCUCGCACGGUGGUGAAAAGACCAACCCUUUUGAUGGAAUUCAGAUAAACCGAGCCAAAAGUACUCGUGAGACCAAUCGCGAAGACCAGAACCCAUCGGAAAAAGAAUCUUCAAACCGCCAACGUAGCAGUAGUGCUCCAAAAGCAGGCAAAGCUGAAGAGCCCUCAAUACCUCGUGAUCCCGCCCACCGUCCUAAAGCUCAAAUGAAGAAGACUAGAAGUGGCUUCAAGAGCGUACCCCUGGGGCCCAACCAACAAGCUACCGAGGUUCCUGCCACCGAAAAACCAGCCGAGACACCUGGUGGCCCUUCAAUGUAUGACAACUCAACUUUCAAAACUCGCCAUUUCCCCAAGUCGAAAAGCUUCAACAAGUGUCAGGGGCAUUAUGGAUCUGGAUUCUACCAGAGUCUAUACGAAUCUCCGUCGAAGCCUGACCAUCAGUCGCCUAGUGGCAGACUUACUUCACCACAUCCAUUGACAGAUUUUGAGCGCCUACAAGGGGCGUUGCUGACUGGGCUUAUCAAUAUCAAUAACGCCGGGUCUGAAAGCCCCCUUAAGAAAGCAAAAUAUCAACCCAGGAGCACAAACACUCCCAGCAAGUCAAAUAGCGCUAACAAGACCAACCUGAACAGUUUCAAUUUUCCUGUCGAUGACGAUACCUUUCGACGAACUUCGCCGGACCAGCCCCCAUUCUCGAGACGAAACACUGAUGACAUCGAUACUAGCUUUGUGGAAGAAGAGAAUGCAGCAGAUUGGGAAUUCAGUGCCGGUGGAGCUGAACAGGGAAGUCCAGCAAAGCACAGAAAGGGCCGUCGAUCGCCUGGGAAGCGUCCUACGAUGAGCGGCAAGAGUACCCCCAGUUUUGUUUCCGACUCUGAACGACCUGAUUCUACUAAACCCGAAUCAGCUUUCAAUCCUGACAGUUGGGAAUUUGGGCCCCAUACUUUUGUUCCCCAGCCAGCCAAAUCCGUCUCACCUACUCGAUUAUCUCGCACAAAUUCGAGAAAGCCCAAGGCUUCCCGAAAGCCUAACUAUACGAAUGUCGUAGAUGACAGCAGCAGUGAAGAUGAAGUUCUCGAAUGGCGCGGUCGUAAGGUGCAAGACGAGCCUCCUGCAGCUGAGAGCCCUCAGGCAAUGGAUAUAGAUACGCCUCCUGUGUCGAACUCAAUCCCACCACCUCGUCCUCCCAAAAUUCCGUCUCCCCAGCCGCCUCAGACUACGCCGUCGCCUCAACCUGCUGAAACGAGCCAGACCCCCGGAACAACAGCUCCUCAUACUGCCAGAGACAUCUAUGUCGAGCCUUCCAGACCAGAAUGGCGGGAGGCCACCGUGGAGAACGCCAACGGUGUCGAGAACAGAGUGGAAAGUCCCAGGAAGCCUAUUAACCCAAACAAUGUGGGAUCAGAGGACAGUGAGGAGUUUCUGGCCAGUUUUGCCGAUCUGAGAAACGUGGCCCCCUUCACUCAACAGAGUUCAGGCCUCAAGUCUUUUUCCGAUCUGAAGGACAAUUUGCCUUUCGAAAGUAAGGCUGCGCCACAAAUCCCGAUCAAGCUACCAACGGUCCAUCCAUUGAUCUUUCCAGAUGCGCCUACUGCUCCCGAAAUUCCGGCUGCUAUGAUGGUCAGUGGAAUACAACCAAGUGCGCAAUCCUGGGAGACAUAUGUCAAGGACUUUGAAGAUUACAUGAAACAGUGGGAUGUGUUCAACGCUCAAGUUGUGGAUCAUUUUGCUACCCGAAAAUCCCACAUUGCUCGUACAAGAGCAGAGAAGGGAUAUUCAUUCUUGGAGAACCGGGGCGAUGGCGAUAUUCAGGAGUAUUACAACUGGCUCGAGCAGGAUAUGGAUGUCCGCCGACGCUGGACAGCCGCAUGCGAAGAACAUGAACAGCGAUUCCGAGAGUUCAUGGCGUUUCGAAUGAAGAUGAAGUGA